AUGAGCAAAUCGCACCAAACGACGACUUCUAGUGAGAAAGACUCUCAAUUGCCGGUCUACGACGAAGAGAGCGGCAAAGCUGUCGACGAGUUCCCCGACGGAGGACUGCAGGCGUGGCUGGUGGUUGUCGGAGCCUUUUUCGGCCUGUUUUGCACUUUUGGAUGGGCAAACUGUGUCGGCGUGUUCCAGGCCUACUACGAGACCCAUCAACUCAAGUCGUACUCCCCUAGCACAGUGGCGUGGAUAUCGUCGUUAAACAUGGGCAUGUUAUUCAUCAGUGCUCCCUUUAUCGGAAACCUGUUUGACCGGUUCGGCCCCCGCGUCCUGCUAUUGGUUGGCACCGUCCUGCACGUCUUUGGCCUGAUGAUGGCGUCCCUGUCUUCCGAAUACUACCAACUUAUCCUUUCUCAAGCCAUUUGCAGCCCAAUUGGCGCGGGGAUGGUCCUGUAUCCUAGCUUCAGCUGCGUUGCAACCUGGUUCCGGAGCCGAAGAGCUUUGGCAUUGGGCAUUACGGCCAGCGGCUCAAGCCUGGGAGGCACAGUCAUGCCCAUCAUGGUCAGUCACUUGAUGGAAAAGAUUGGGUUCGGCUGGACCAUGCGUGUUACGGCCUUUGUCAUGCUUGGGCUGCUCAUCAUCACGAAUUUGACGGUCAAGUCGCGGCUGACCCCCCGGGCAAAGGAUGCUAGUCUGUUGGACUUUUUCCGAGCGUUCAAGGAUCCUGCAUUUUGCCUUACAGCGCUGGCUUCUUUCUUUUACUCUGUAGGGAUGUUUGUUCCCAUCACUUUCAUGGUUACCUACGGACUACACGUCGGCAUGUCCACGUCUCUUGCCAGUUAUCUUGUCUCUAUAUUCAACGCCGCCAGCGGGGUCGGACGUAUUCUUUCUGGUUAUGUUGCAGAUAGAACGGGCAACUUCAACGUCUCAAUCAUUGCUGCUUGCCUUUCCACCAUUUUUACUCUCUGUCUGUGGCUUCCCGGCCAGAACAGGCCGACCGCCAUCGCAUUCUCAGCCCUCUUCGGUUUUAGUUCCGGUACAUAUACCGCCCUCACUCCCGCCCUUGUAGCUCAAAUAACCGACAUUCACGACAUCGGGACUCGCUCCGGUACCAUUUACGCUUUCGUGUCGAUUGCUGGCUUGGUAGGGAGUCCGAUUGGCGGCGCGCUCAUUACAAAUGCGGGUGGAAGUUAUUGGAAGCUGCAGAUUUUUGCGGGCAUCAUGCUUGGCCUUGGUGCGCUCUUCUUUGUUGGUUGCAAACUACAUUUGGCAAAAUGGCGGCUGUUUACAAAGGUGUAA